CAUACAGCGUAUAUCUGGGGUAUUACCGGUAUCACACAGUUUGUAUGUGGAAAUUAAACCUAACAAAAACCAAAAAUCUACUAGUCGAUACCAAUUGCGUUCGAAGUGUCACACACCUGGCGUAUAUUCGACGUUAUUCGAAACUAUUUUAUCACAAGAUGGGCGACGAUUUAUUACAAGUCGAAGUUUGCGGUAAAAAUGGGGCUUAUUACAAGGGGGCAGUAACAGACAUUUUCGACGAUGGGGUGUUAAUUCAAUUUGAAGAUGGCUGGCAAAAAGAAUCAAAAUUUCCUUUCGAUCAAGUUCGUUUACCUCCAUCGGAAAGUGUGCAAGAUGAAGUGUUCGCCGAGAACAUGGAAGUGGAAGUGUUCGCAAGAUCCAACGAUAACGAGGCUUGUGGAUGGUGGACAGCUGUUAUUAAGAUGAUGAGAGGCGAAUUCUUAGUGGUGGAAUACUGCGGCUGGGAAAAUAGUUUUACAGAAAUUAUCGGAUUGGAACGUAUGCGACAUAAAAACCUCAAUCCGCCUAUCGAUAUCAAAACGUUUUAUAAAUUCGAAGUUAAUGUGCCAGAUGAAUUGCGAGAAUAUGCCAAGCUAGAUGGUGUUCACAAGGAACUUCAAAAAGCUGUGCGCUGUGGUGCUUGUCAUUUUGAUGCUAGUCGUGGUGUUUUGAUUUUAUUAUCGAAAAUUGAAGCGUCACAAAAAUUGGCCGAAAUGAUGCAGGAAAUUUAUUUUCGAAAUUUAACUCAGAAGGUUCUUCUAAUGAAACGUACGGAAGAAGCAGCUAUGCUAUUGAAACGCACAGAGGAAGCAGCCAGACAACUAGAAUCAACAAAAUUACAUGCAGGAGGCAAAAAACUUAAUCACCGACACACACACAAUUUUGAUGGACUACUCGGAAGUUACACAGACGAAUUUCGGGUAAAGGAAGAUCUGAUGGGUUUAGCAAUUGGUGCACAUGGUGCGAACAUACAGACAGCCCGGAAAUUGGACGGUGUGAUCAAUAUUGAAUUAGAGGAAAACACGUGCACAUUCAAAAUAUCUGGUGAGACUGAUGAGGCCGUUAAGAAAGCACGUUCAAUGUUGGAAUACAGCGAAGAAUCCAUCCAAGUGCCGCGCAAUUUGGUUGGCAAAGUGAUAGGCAAAAAUGGCCGUUUCAUACAAGAAAUCGUUGACAAAAGCGGCGUCGUCCGGGUCAAAGUAGUAAAAAUUGAGGGUGAUAAUGAACCGCAGCCGAGCAUUCCUCAUGAGGAUGGUCAGGUGCCAUUCGUAUUUAUUGGAACAAUCGAAAGCAUCGCCAAUGCACGAGUUUUGCUGGAAUAUCAUUUAGCACAUCUCAAAGUAGUCGAACAACUUCGUCAAGAGAAACUAGACAUCGAUCUUCAAGUGCGUGCCAUUCAGGGCACACAAAUGGGUUCGAUGCAAAAUUUCCCAGUUCAACGACGAUCCGAUCGUGGAUACAGCAGCGACAUGGAAUCGAUGCGGCCUAGCCGAGGUGGACCACGCGGCCGAGGUCGAGGUGGACGAGGUGGUGGUGGUGGCGGCGAUCGUCGGGACGGCAAUGGACGAUUUCAUCCGGAUCGACGUGAUGGUUCGGUUGACAAUUACAAUAAUACACGCAACGAUCAUCGCAAUAACUUCAGCCACUAUCGGGAUCGAGAUCGAGGAACGAACAAUGUUCGCGCCACGGACGGAGCCUAUAAUCGCAGUGGCGGUGGUGGACCUGGUAAUAAUGACAAACGCAAUAGCCACGAUCGUCGACCGAACAUUCGAGCGAAUGGGAAAGAGUUCGGCAAUAAUCGUGAACCGGAACCAUCGCAUAGCAAAGAGAAUUCGCGUGACGGAAAUAGUAUAGAGCGAGAUAGCAAUUCAUCUACAGAGGGUAAAAUUAAUAAUCGACGACGCCGGAAGAAGAAUGUUGGAGCAAAUGGUAACUCCAACGUGCAAUCGAAUUCAAAGCCUACACCGAUUCCGGAACAGCAAAAGCUAUCAUCAAACACAAACACUAUAAAUGAUAAGACAAUUCCUGCAUCGGCGGCAUCGGCCACAACAGCCCCAACAACGGCUGGAAAAGCAAAAAAUCAACGUGAUUCCCGAAAUCGUCGGAAUGGUGGUGGUGGUGGUGGUGGUGGUAGUGGUGGUGGCGGGGCCAACAAAUCUAUGAAAACGAUUCCCGAUCAGUCUCAGACACAUGCGAACAGCAAUACCGACAAACACACUGUCAAUGGUACUGCGUAAAGAAGAAUAUUACAAAAUUUAUGCAGAAAGAGGAGAAAGAGGAGGAGAUAGAGAGAAAAAGAAAUUCUUUAACUUUUCCGAGUAAUUAAUUUCAGAUUUUCCGUUGCUUUGUUUUUUUUUCCUUCUCUAAUCGAUAUGUAUACAUAAUGGCGCCACUCGAUCUAAAUUGAUCAUAUUUCUGUCAAGAAUUAACCUUUUCUUUUUCUUUCAUAAAAAAAAACAAUUUGAGUUGAAAUUUGAACUUUUUUUUUUCAAAAAUAAAAAAUGGAAAAAAAAAUUAAUUAGAUGUGAAAUGAAUACGCUUGAUGAGAGCUUUCAAUUAAAUUUUAAGUUUUAAGAUUGGUGAUUUUAUGGAUAUAAGAAUGAUGCAUAGACACAGCACACCCAUACACAUACACAACACACACACACACACUAUUCAUGUGUUUGAUUAAUAAUUAAACGGUAAAAAAAAAUUGAAAAAGCAGCAUUUUGCCAUGGUUGAAAAAUGUACUCAAAUGGAAAAUUUAACCUAAAAAAAAACGAAAGAAAGAAAUUAGAAGGAAAAACAAAACGUUCUUCAACCCAACUCAUAUUUAUUCGACAACAUUAAUAUUUAUCCCAUUAAAUUCAUUUUAGUUGUAUUUUACUGAGCAUUCGAUCACAAAGAAAUGGUGUAUUUUAUUUGCGCGGCCCCACUACUACACAAAUGUAUGUUCAGAACACUCUGACAAAAAAUCGAUCAAGUUUUAUGUUUAAACGUUUAAGUUGCGACGAACAAUAAUCUUUAUUUUUAAGUGAGGAGAGGACCGCGCGCGCGAUUAACACAUUAUCGCUUCAAUAAAUUGGAACAUACACACCACACACACACACACACACACAUUAUAUUUUAAGCAUUUAUAUAAAACGUGUCCUUCCAUUAGGCCAAAUAAAAGAAUCAGUCCGCAAUCCCGGAAAGUAUUUUCUUUAUCUGCUCCGUCCGUUUGUGUUGCCUAAAAUGAACAAAAAUGUGUUGCCUGACAAAUGAAACACCUAUGACUAGCUAGUAUACCCGAUCGCUUGCCUACGAUCAGUAAUCGUACGAGUGUAGCUUACCAUAAAACAGAUAACUUCCACCAAAAAUUGUGACACUUUCGCUAUUUUGUCGCGGUUGUUGAGGGGAAUAUAAAUAAUCGUCAGACACAGGCACAAAU